AUGGUUGUCAUCGCUCUGUGCGACCUGGACCCGGAUUGGGUAUACUUGCCUGCAGACAAGUCUCCGGAUGGUGAUUCGGUUCUUUGGUUCCUGUCUGUCCAUGUUAUACAGCGUGCGUCUAUCUCUGUCUCUCUCUCGAGAACGGAGGGCAGGGCCACGCUUUUCCUGUCGUUAGGAUCGACCACUAUCCUAUCUACUGCGUAUCUGAGAGCCGAUGUCAGCGACAGGGGUCAGCGGAUGACUAUGUCUCCAUCGUCGGCACGUCGUAAGGCAGCAGGGAAUCGACGGGAAGGCAUGGGUUCCUUGAUCCUUCAAGACACGGGGUUUUUCUUCCCUCAAUUAUUAUUAUUUUUUUUUUUAAAAAAAAAAUUGAGUAUUGCCACCUGUCCAGAAGAUGAUCACGGUAUGACGACGGGAACAAUGGGAGUAGAUUGCACCCUCGUAUACGGAGCACGGGAGUGCAUUCUUCCAGAGUCGACUCCCCUUUACCCUAUUUUGCCUAUUAGCCACGGCCUCGCACCCGUCACGGUACGGAAGACGGAGGGACGGGGACUCAUCACGACAGUACCGAGUAGAGUAGGCCAGUAUGAUGCUCUUCGCAACCGCCGAACAAACCCAGAUGGGCAACCCGCCAUGCCCAUCAGCGCCAGAACGAACAACAUGUCAAACUUAAACCGCUCCCGACGUCCUCGUUCCAAGACCCGCUAG